GUGCUGGAAAAGAGCAGAGACAGAGACUGCCGUGAAGUGGGCGGGUUGAACCGAGGACGCCGAGUCUUGUGGUGGACAUCGGCCGCGCAGGACGUCACAUUGAAGCAUCCCGAGUGUGCAACACGCGACCUGCUGCACACGCGCACGCCGUCAGUCCACCAUGAGGACGCACGUAUGGAUUUACCAGGCGCUCGUGUGCGCGCUGCUCGGCAUGCUGGAUGCAGGUGAGGGCAGAAAAAGCCGCCAGUCCUUGCAGCGCUACGAAAAGUCUGAAAACCACCUCCUGGUCUGCGUGGACUGUCCACAGCCGCCUUUGGUGCGGAACAGUCGCUCGCAGGAAAACUGCGCCCGCAAAUGCAAAAAAGUGAAGAAGCACUUCAACUGCAGGGCCUUCAACUUCCACAAGCACAACAGGAAAUGCCACUUGCUUCCCUUCGACCGAUUCGACCACGGCGUGCAGAAGCAGGCCAACACCAACUUCACGCUGUACGAGAAGAAAGAUUACAUAAGGGAGUGCGUCAUGGGGCCCAAGGACGGCUACAGAGGGAGGAGGUCUUGGACCAAGUCAAACAUCACUUGUCAAGCUUGGUCUGAUAACAACAUCAAUGAACACACGUUUUAUCCCGAUAGGUACCCGACGCAAGACCUGAGGGAGAACUUCUGUCGGAAUCCCAACAACGACCCCGGUGGUCCCUGGUGCUACACCACUGAUCCCAACGUAAGGGCCGAGGAGUGCGGCAUAGCACAUUGUUUCGAGGAUGUUUGCAUGACAUGCAACGGCGAGGAUUACCGAGGAAAAGUAGACCAUACCGAGAGCGGGAAGGAGUGCCAGAGAUGGGACUCAUCCAGGCCACAUAAACACUACUUUCAGCCCAAAAAGUACAGGGACAAAGGCUUAACGGACAACUACUGUCGGAACCCGGAUAACCGCCUCCGUCCCUGGUGCUACACCAUGGAUCCCAAGACUCCCUGGGAGUACUGCAACAUCACAGCAUGUGAGUCCGACUCCUCCGGCGGCGAGGAGCCAGAUGUGAACGUGACGGCGCCCUGCGUCCGGGGGAAGGGGAAAGACUACCGCGGCACGAUGAACGUCACUCCCGAGGGGGUGACGUGUCAGCGCUGGGACUCGCAGUUCCCCCAUCGGCACUCGUUCAUUCCCCGCCACUUCAAAUGCAAGGACCUCAGGGAGAACUUCUGCCGCAAUCCGGACGGCGCGGAGUUCCCGUGGUGCUUCACCAAGGACCCCAACCAGAGGAAGGCCAACUGCACGCACAUCCCCAGGUGUGACGCCAAGGACGCGCAGAAAACUGAGUGCUACCAGGACAACGGCGAGACGUACCGGGGCGCUUUAGCCAUCACUCGCUCGGGGAUUCCCUGCGCCAACUGGUCACAUCACAUCAACAGCGGGGAUUCUCACUCUACACUAUCCCAUGUAGGGCUGGAGAGGAACUACUGCCGCAACCCGGACCGGGACAAACACGGCCCCUGGUGUUACACCAACCCAAACACGCGCCUGUCUUGGGACUACUGCAAACUGAAGCUCUGUGAUGCUGCUACAGCGACUCCGCAUGUCAACGCCACACUGGGCCCUCCGGGUGCGUCUCCGACCCCCACCAGGAUUUCGUGCUUCGUCCACAUUAACACCCGCAUCGUCGGGGGACACCGAGUACGAGGAACAGAUGGCAGCUGGGUCGUGAGCAUCCAGCGAGAAAAGAUUCAUUUAUGCGGAGGGUCUUUGAUCCGGGAAAGCUGGGUGUUGACGGACCAACAGUGCUUCACGUCCUGCGUUCCAGACCUGAAGGACUACAGCGUCCAGGUGGGUCUGCACCACCUCAACGAGUCCUCUCGCCAUCCCAGGCUGGGCAUUUCCCGCCUCAUCUGCGGGCCGGAGGGAUCCAACUUGGUCAUGCUGAAGCUGUCAGACCCAGCCCCCGUGUCCGAGGGCGCGUCCACCAUUCAUCUUCCCGUAAAAGAAUGUCACAUCGCUGAGGGCACAAACUGCACCAUGUACGGAUGGGGGGAAACCAAAAACACGGGACGUGACGAGGUGCUGAACCGGGUUACCAUGCCGAUGGUGGACGGGGACAUGUGCUCGCGAAUCAAGGGGGACGCCGGACAUAGCAGGAUAUGCGCUGGAGGAAGGAGAGGAGAAGGCGUUUGUGACAAAGACUACGGCGGCCCACUGGUUUGCCAGGAACACGAGCGUAAAGUCAUCGUGGGCGUGAGCAUACAGCGGACCAAGUGCGCCUCGUCGCGGCCGGCGCUCUUCGUCAACGUGGCCUACUACUCGGAGUGGAUUUACAAGGUGUUCAAGUUGUACCCCGGCCCCGACACGAACUGACGCCUCAGGGAAAGCGCUUUACUAAUGAAGACUCAUGAAGCCGUGAAGUAUUGUCUCCUGGAAUAUACUUGAAUAUCCGAGGCACUCAACGAGUACCACGACUACAAGGAUCCCAGAGUGUGCCCCCCACCCUCUUCCUUCCUGUGCCUUUGCGAGCUGCUUUGAGUGGUUCUUGUGCUGAUGUUUGCGGCACGAGAGAGUGAAGGUCCGUGCCGAGGAAGCCCCUGGUGGGCUGCGUGUGGUCACCAGGACGUUUGUCUUCAUGCUUGGUCCGUCCUGACCUGCGUACUUUAUUGAAGGUGGUCACCACUUUAUGGGUCUUAUAGAUCUGGAGGCUUCUUCCUUCUCCUUUCUUAGGAUGGAUGUCAGAAAGGGCGCUCGUGGUAUUUAUUUCCUUCUCACAUCCGUUGAGAGGAGCAGCCUUGCCACCACUGAUCAAUAUGCAAAUCAAAAAACGUGGCCUAUUAGCGUCUAAACAUUUGUGACAAUAAUGGCGUGCACUACCUGCCUGCAACCAGCAGAGGCGCUGUUCUCAGACUCAGUAGCAAUGCAAAUAUUCAAGCUGCUUUUUCAUUGAAAUCCACUCAUUGAACAUUCAUGCAUUCUGUGGUAUACAGGAUCUUUGACAAGCGUUAGGUGCUUGAAAACAGCAGAGCAUGUUGACACUAGAGGAUCUUUGAUCUUUGUCAUUGCAAUCAGUCCUUAAAACCAGCAGAGCUCUCCUGUCACACAGAGGAUCUUUGACUAGCAGUCGGUCCUUAAAAACAGCAGAGCGCUCUUGUCAUGUGGAGGAUCUUGGACUAACAGUCUUACAGUUGGUCCUCAAAAACAGCAGACCACUCCCGUCAUAUAGAGGAUCUUUGACCAUCAGCACGUCCGUAAAAACGGCAGCGUUGUCUCAUAGGGGAUCUUUGGACAACUGUGAGCGUAUAUAGUUGAUGCGAUCACUCCUCACACCAGUUAUCAAUGAUAAGCAGCACCUUGCACAAUAGGAAUAAACAUGAAGACUGAAAAUAAGCCACCAUGUCAAAGUCUUCCUUGACCAGCACAUUGCUAGUGUUUUCAUUUAUGACUUGACAUGACUUGAUUUAUGACUAUAUUAGCCAUAAGAUAUAAAAGCACAGGUCACUGGUCAUUUUAAAAGUCAUAGGCAGGCUUAGAGGUUAAAUGUUCUUGUCUCCUAUUUCCAAAUAUACAAAAAUAACCCAGUAAAUACAAUUCCAUCUGACUGAAUCCAAUUUGUUUUUAUUGGAAAUUGUCAAGAAGCCAGCUGUGCUUUUAUUUUGUGUUAAUUAUUUAAUUGUAAAUAGCCCUGUGUAAAAUGGUGUAAUUUUUGUAAAUAACGAGUGAAUAUAUUUUUUUAUUAUGUCAAACCUAUCAAAGCUGCUAUUUUUUUGGCUAUUUUAUAUAUAUAUAUAUAUAGUUUUUGUCCUUAUUUUUCCAGUGAAAUGUAGACGCUGUAUUAUUCUGACUUUAAUAAACAACUCACACCAGCGCAGUGGGAUACAGUCAUGUGACCUGGCCUUAGCAUCAUUUAUCAUUUAUCUUUGCAGUGGGAUACAGUCAUGUGACCUAUCUUGUUUUUUGUGCCUGUGGACACACCCCAAUUGUGAGAUCAGAGGUCAAUGGGUUUGAACCAGUUUACUAAGGACACUAAAACCAGUCCAAUUUAGAUCGAGCUAGGCAGUAAACUCCCAUGUGACGUGUCGUUUACCUCCAUGGGUACGUUGUAGUGGCCACUCGUUUGCCUCGUCUUCCCUCCAGUGACCUAUUAUGGACAAUGCUUGUGUCCUAGUCCAGUCAUAAAAAAGUGAUGGCGUGCAGACCAGAUAUAGAAGGUCGUGUUUAGAUUUUUUGGGGGGGAAGCUGUAUGUUUCCCAGCAGACUUUGUUCUGCUCUGCUUGACAUGAACUUCCAAACACUAUAAAAAGAGAUCCAUAGCGCCUCAAUGAGCCGUGGAUUUAUGAUUUAUGCAGACUCGUAUUAAAUGCACCGUUGUUUUUGUUUUAAAAAUGAAAAACCUGCCUUGAUGAAGCCAAAAGCGCACAAUUGCUUUUAUGUAUGCUUUAAUUCUUUGCCAAGUGAAGCCACAGUGAAGGAAUCAAUGCAGUAAAGUGUCCUUUGGCGCCCUCUGCUGGCCAUCAUGGGUCACUGCUGUGCUCCACUGGCUGGCUGCUGUCCCACAGCAUGUCUUUUUCUUCCAGGUGGGGCACACGGGAGACAAGUCCUGUCUUCUUCUUGUCUCUGCACCCCAAGGAGCGCACAUCCUGCUGGUGUGUUUGGCGUGAUGGUGGACCAGAGGCUGGGUGGGGUGGAGGGGUCCACACUCACAUCCUCCCAAACCUGGAGACAGUAUUCCAAAGAAAGAUCUUUGACUUGCAUUUUUGCAGUCGCUCCGCAAAAACAGCAAAGCACCUGUCACAUAGACAGUCUUUGACUAGCCUUUGUGCAGGUGGUCCUCAAAAAUAGCAGUGCAGUCAUAUAGAGAUUUUUUGAAGUAGAGCCGUAAAAACAGCAGAAUACUCCAGUCAUAUGAAGACUUUUUGACUAUUUUUAAGUAGUAGUAGAGAAUUCCUAACUAGCAUUUUUGCAGUUGGUCCUAAAAAACAGCAGAGCACUGCGGUCACAUAGAGGAUCUUUGAGGUGAGGAUGCAGUUUUUUUGUAGUUUUGAAGCAGUUUUUACGAUACCAGUGUCCGUCAUGCACGGGACAAACCUCUGCAGCCUUUGAGGGACAUGAUGUGGGACGUGCUGCAGGACACCCGGGCAGGAUCACAGCCCACACGGGACGGUCCAGUGCCCUGCCAAGGACCAACACAGCGAGUGUCAACAUCAUCAACGUCAUGCGUGUGAUGAAGCUGAACGUACCUGCUGAGUUGGGACACUGUGUGAAGCUGUGAAGGAGAAAAUACGUGUUACGUAGUAUUCCUAACAGUUAGUCAGGGAAUACUCCACUGUAAGUACUCACUGCUCUGUUGGACUUCCCUCCUCCACUUGGCCCGCCGGUUGGAGAACCACACCUUGUGAAGACACAAACAGGAAGUUACACAGGAGAAAGAAAAGAUGGGAUCAUCUCAUGGAAGGCUUGGUCUACUUUGAUGGUGUCCUCUGGAAGAUGGGUCUGGUUGGACAGCUUGUCCCGGGUGUACGUGUCCACGUACUGACUCUGGGAGAACUCUGAUCCAUGACGGAAUAAAUAUUAACAUGAUUUUGUUUAGUUUAGUUUUUUAAUUUUCAUUCCAAGUCACCUUUCUCCAAGAUGUUCAUCUGCUCCUCAGUGAAGCUGGUCCUAAAUCUCUGAGGGACGCCUUUUGUCUCCAUGGAGGUGCUGGAGAAUCCUAAUGCAGUCACAAUAUUAGGUACACCUCAUGAUGAGCGCCCCUGUCGUAUAGAAGAUCUUUGACUAGCAGUAUGUCCCCAAAAACAGCAGUAGUCGACUCAUACAGAGGAUCUUUGACUAGCGUUUUUGCUUUAGGUCCUCAAAAACAGCAGAGAACUCCUGUCAUAUAGAGAAUCUUUGACUAGCAGUAGGUCCUCAAAAACAGCCAAGCACUCCUAUCACAUACAGGAUCUUUGAGUGGCGUUUUUGCUGUAAUACUUUCAUAUUGAUCGUCUUUGAAUAACAUUUUGAGAUUAGGUCCUCAAAAACAGCAGAGUAGUCUAGUCGUAUAGAGGAUCCUUGCUAAAUAUUUUUACAGUAGGUCUUCAAAAACAGCAGUAGUCCUCACACAGAGGAUCUUUGACUCGCGUUUUUGCUUUUGGUCCUCAAAAACAGCAGCGAAUUCCUGUCAUGAAAAGCUAAAACUCUUUAAAAAAUGACCUCAAAACAACCACCUGAGACCACCUGUAAUAUAGAGAAUCUUUGAAUAAACUUUUCAGAUUAGAUCCACAAAAACAUCAGAGUAGUCCUCUCGCAUAGAGGAUCUAUGCCUAGUGUUUUGCAGUAGGGCAGUGCUCCUGUCACAUAGAGGAUCUUUGCAUUUGCACCAACAGCAGAGCCUUACUGUCUUGACUCCUGCAGGGUGCGUUGAUGUCCCGCCAUGGUGGUUCUUGCUCCAGAGGGAUCUGUCUUAAAAUGCGGUUUAUGGAAGACACCUUCAGGACACAGGACGCACAUUAAGACGGCUCCUUCAGCAAAGGAGACAAGUGCAUCCUUGUGACUUACGCUGGGCACUUUGGAAGCCUUGCAGCUCCUCGUGGAAAGGAGACUUUUCCUAAUCUCCCAAGCAAAAAUGGACGGAUUGUCCGUUUUGUGCUGAGUGAUGGCGGCGAUGACGGCAGGGGUGAGUAGUCGUGGUCUGCUCCCUCCGAUGGUUUUUGGUUGCAGGAGUCCAGUCAGUCUAUAGCGGCUCAGGAUCUUACUGACGCAGCCUGUGGACACCUGGAAGGACACGCGAGGAAUGUACGUUUACAACAAGCGUCUUCCACUGAAACAUGUUUACUGCAAAGUACCCGCAGGAUCCUGGAGAUCUGGCUGGGCCGGACCCCCUCUGAGGCCAGCUCCACCAUUCUCCUCCUCUUGGAGUCUGGAAGAGGUCUCCCGUUGAGGAACAUCCCACCAAGCUGGUUCACACUGCCACCACCUUUUCAAAAACAGCACAGUGCUCCUUUCAUAUACUGAAUCUUGGACUAGCGAUUUUGUGGUAAUUCCUCAAAAAGAGCAGAGCGCUCCUGUCAUAUCAAGAAUUUCUGAUUGAGGUCUUUGCAGUAGGUGCUUAAAAACAGCACAAUGCUCCAGUCAUAUAGAGGAUCUUUAACUAGGGUUUUUGUGGUAAGUCCUCAAAAACAGCAGAGAGCUCCUGUCAUAUAGUCUUUGCGGUAGGUUCUUAAAAACAGCACAAUGCUGCUUUCAUAUUGAGGAUCUUUGACUAGUGUUUUUGUGGUAGGUUCUAAAAAAAAAAAACAUCUGGAAGAUUUUUAACUUGCAUUUUUGACUGUAGAGGAUCUUUGAUUUACAUUUUUGCAAAUAUAUCCUAUAAAAGAGCAGCGCACUCCUGUCAUAUACAAGAUCUUUGAGUCACACUUUUGCAGUAGGUCCUUAAAAACAGCAGCACACUCCUGUCAUACAAUACAGUGGAUCUCUGACUUAAGUGUUUUGGUCGUCAAUCCUUAAAAACAGCAGCACAUUUGCUCCUCUGGCUUACAGGAUCUUUGACCAGUGUUUUUUGUGCGUGCAGAAGAUCCUCAAAAACAGCAGCAUGCUCCUCCCAUAUGGAGGAUCUUGGACAAGCUUCCUGACACUAAAGUAACAGUAAUCAAAUAGGCAAACUGACCUUGAUUUGUCUGCUCAAAAUGUGUCUCACACAUUUCGUCGUCGGCCGCAAAGCAGACGAGUGCAGUAAAAAGAGAGCACACCUCGCAGGUGAAGGCUUCAGGUGACUUGUGGCGAGCGCGCCGUCCUUCUGAGGUCAUUUAUAAGCGCGGUGGCGUGGGAGCUGCCACUUGCAAUGUCAAUAUUGGCUUCAAGAGGGAGACUUUAUAUUAGAUUAUGGCUUUCAAACAAGACAGAAUGUUCGUCCCCCCCCUCCCCCACUCCGUACUCCAUUACAACUAAAUAAGGAAUCGUGUGCACACAAAAAGCUAAAACUGGCGCAUUUUGCAUUUAAUUGGAUUUAAAUCCAAUGACUUGCAGCACCACGAGAACCUGCUGUAUUUAGUCAUGACAGUGAGUGAUGGACGAGGUGCGUGGGAAUGGAAGCAGUAUGAGAGAGGUUUUAAUGGUGCGUUCAGGUACCUUGGAGAAGUUUUUCAAAGAGAUGCACGACCAAAUGGUAUAUAGGGUGCAUAUUUAUUGCAACUUUCAGGGGCGGCGGGUCUCCGGGGCACCCUGGCAGCAUGGAGACUCUCUCUUUGAUAAAGCACACACGUGCAAAUGCGAGGGCCAUAUGGUAAAGUGCUUUUGAUGAAUCGUAAAGCCAUCCCAGAGUGCCUUUAUUACAUUGUCUCUCAAACAGAAAGAAGGAGCAGGGAGGACGGCCUCCAGAAAAGACUCAUGGGGGGCCAAAAUCACCCACACAGAUGUUGCUCGGGCAGCCCAGCUAAACAGAUAAAAUGUGCAGUAAACGUCCCAAGGGGGAAUAUUUGACGAGCAAAUAUUAGUCCAUGUGGCUUCAGACAACACAGACGCACGGCGCAGCCUUUGGGUCUGUUUGAUGACUAAUUGAAUAUCAUUAGUGGGCUGCGCGAGGCGGCCAAUGAGGGCAGGAGAUGAUUUUAAGAUGCCAUAUGCUCCAAAUUAUACAUUAACCACCGCCGAGUAGACAGUAAAACACAAUGUGUGCAGCCAUGGAGCUCAGCCAGUUUGGGUCUCCUUGACGACCAACGCAGCACGAUAUAGAUAAACCCACCGAUUGUGUUUAUUACACUCAGCUCCAUGCUGUCAUUGAUUUAUUGUGUUUUAAUGGCUGGAGUGUGUGGGCCAAAUGACACUAAUGUGCUCUUGUGUGCUUAAGAAAGCCCCACUUAAUCUGUGCGUAAAUGUCGCUCAGGCUCAAUUUGGUGCACUUUAAGGUGCUCCUAGAUAUCCACCAAAUGCGAAAACAUAUGUAUAACACACCCCGGAUGGUUUUCAGGGGUGUUUUACACACAAAUCCACUUUAAAUGUGGCGACAAAGCGAUGGGAAAUGUGUGGAAACCAUCCGCGUAAAAGGUGACCAAAGCGCACCAAUUAAUGUGGGCUGUGCGCAAAAAGGCGCCUGAAGCUGCACCUUUGCUCCCACUUAACAAUCUUAAUAUAGCUUUACACGUGUGUUGCCUUUUGUUUUCAUAGCAGUACAUCCCUCACUUGUGUCAUUUGACAGAAAUAAAAUGUCAUUAACUCUUUUUUUGGAACACUAAUGCUUAUUUGGUAAAUGUUAUUUUCCUGAUUGUUAUUUGCUUAAUUGUUUGGAUGUGAGUUCGGCAACAUUUUUGACUUUGAUGUUCUAUUUUUAAAAUGCCAUGUAUUGGUGUUUCCAUAUCUGAUCUGAAAAUAAAAAAAAAAUUACAAUUAUAAGAAUUAAAAUUGAAUAAAAUAUACCACUCACUGAAGUAAAAAAUCAAUAUUCACAGUGCUGUCAUAUUAAAGUAAUAUAUAUACAGUAUAUCACGUGUCAUUUUAUGUAUUCAUUCAUGAAUUUAUUUCUAAUGUAAUGUUAUGCUUGUUAUACGUGAUUAAAGCAAC